AUCAUGGCCAAUCUGCAAGGUGAAGCCAAGAAGGAGGUCAAAAUGAGGAUACGAGCCUUCCCUAUGACAAUGGAUGAGAAGUAUGUUGACAACAUCUGGGCCCUGCUAAGGAAUGCCAUCCAGGAAAUCCAGCGGAAGAACAACAGCGGGCUAAGCUUUGAGGAGCUGUACAGGAAUGCCUACACCAUGGUGCUCCACAAGCAUGGGGAGAAGCUCUACACGGGCCUGACGGAGGUUGUCACCGAGCAUCUCAUCAACAAAGUUCGGCAUGAUGUCCUCAAGUCUCUCAAUAACACAUUUCUGCAAAUCCUCAAUCAAGAGUGGAAUGAUCAUCAGACUGCCACUAUCAUGAUCAGAGACAUUCUCAUGUACAUGGACCGGGUUUACGUCCAGCAAAACAAUGUAGAGAAUGUGUACAACCUCAGCCUCAUCGUAUUCAGAGAGCAAGUGGUUCACUACAGUUCUGUUCGAGACCACUUAUGGCAGACCCUUCUGGAUAUGAUUAAACGUGAGAGGAGGGGAGAGGUUGUAGACAGGGGGUCCAUCAGAAACACCUGCCAGAUGUUGAUGGUUCUGGGCCUAGACAGCAGGUCUGUAUACGAGGAAGACUUUGAGCGCCCAUUCUUAGAAAUGUCAGCUGGAUUCUACCAGAUGGAAAGCCAAAGGUUUCUCGCAGAAAACAGCACCAGCAUCUAUAUCAAGAAGGUCGAGGCCAGAAUCAACGAAGAGAUUGAGCGUGUAAUUCACUGCUUGGACAAGUCCACAGAGGAUUCCAUUGUUAAAGUGGUGGAAAGAGAGUUGAUAACAAAACACAUGAAAACGAUAGUGGAGAUGGAGAACUCUGGGAUGGUCCACAUGCUCAGGAAUGGCAUAACAGAAGACCUGGCAUGCAUGUACAAGCUGUUCAGCCGUGUGCCAAAUGGCCUAAAAACUAUGUGCGAGUGUAUGAGUGUGUACUUGCGAGAGCAGGGGAGAGCUCUAGUGUCAGAGGAAGGAGAGGGCAAAAACCCAGUCGACUAUAUUCAGGGCCUGCUUGACUUGAAGACGGUAUUUGACCAUUUCCUCCAUGAGUCCUUCAUCAAUGACAAACAGUUCAAACAAACCAUUGCUGGAGACUUUGAGUAUUUCCUCAACCUCAACUCAAGGUCACCGGAGUACCUAUCGCUCUUCAUUGAUGACAAGCUCAAGAAGGGCGUUCGAGGGUUGACAGAGCAGGAGGUGGAGUCAAUUCUGGACAAGACAAUGGUGUUGUUCAGGUUUUUGCAAGAGAAGGAUGUGUUUGAAAGGUACUACAAGCAGCAUCUGGGCCGGAGAUUGCUGAGCAACAAGAGUGUCUCGGACGAUUUGGAGAAGAGCAUGAUUUCCAAGCUCAAAACUGAAUGUGGCUGUCAGUUUACAUCAAAACUGGAGGGAAUGUUUCGCGAUAUGACCAUCUCCAACACCACAAUGGAUGAGUUCAGGCAACACAUACAGUCCACGCCGGCCUCUCUGUGUGGUGUAGACCUCACUGUCCGAGUCCUCACUACUGGUUACUGGCCCACACAGUCUGCAACGCCAAAAUGCACCAUCCCCUGUUCCCCCCAACACGCCUUUGAGGUCUUCAGGAGGUUUUACCUUGCCAAACACACUGGGAGACAGCUCACGCUGCAGCAUCACAUGGGCGGGGCCGACCUAAUUGCAACUUUCUAUGGUGCUUUAAAAAAGGAGGAUGGUUCCGAAGCAGCCAUGGGAGCGACCCAAAUGACUGGCUCCAACUCCCGUAAGACCAUACUACAGGUCUCCACAUUCCAGAUGACCAUCCUCAUGCUCUUCAACCACAGAGAAAACUGCACUUUUGAGGAGAUCCACCAUGAGACAGAUAUUCCCAGAUGGGAGUUAGUGCGAGCCUUGCAGUCUUUGGCCUGUGGGAAGCCCACACAGAGAGUCCUCACCAAAGAGCCCAAGUCUAAGGAGAUCGAAAAUGGACACGUCUUUACAGUCAAUGACCAAUUCACUGCCAAAGUACACAGAGUCAAAAUCCAGACAGUCGCUGCUAAACAAGGGGAGUCCGACCCUGAGAGGAAAGAGACACGGCAGAAAGUGGAUGACGACAGGAAGGUUAUGAUCGACGCAGCCAUUGUGCGCAUCAUGAAGUCCAGGAAGAAGAUACAGCAUAACAUAUUGGUGGCUGAGGUGACUCAGCAGUUGCAGGCACACUUCCUCCCCAGCCCUGUGGUCAUCAAAAAGCGCAUAGAGGUACUUAUAGAGAGAGAAUACUUGGCAAGGACACCAGAGGACCGUAAUAUAUACACCUAUGUCGCAUAGAGUAUGAGACGGGAAGGGGGUUUUGAAUUGAUUGACACAACAUUGUUUCGAACAAUUGCUACAAACUUAAAUGGGAUGAAAAACUGCACCAAAAUUCACCUUAAUGUCUUCCUGUGAUCCCGUUAGCAACAUAAAGGGAAAAAUUGUAAUUUUGCACAUGAUUUUGUUGUUUCAAUACUGUAUAAAAAUGUAUUUAAAAUGUAGAUUGUAAAAUAGAGUAUUGAUGCUUUGUAGUUUUUUUUUCCAUAAAUGUUUUGCUCUUCUCUGUAUCUGUUAUUUACUAUACCGUCAUAGAUGACCAUGACCAUCUUGAGUCAUUUACUCAUGUACAAUAUCACACAAAAGUGAGUGGACCCUUCACAUUUCAGCAUCAAUUUUACUAUACUGUAUCUUCUCAAAGGACAAUACUUUAAUCAGUUUUUCAAAAAUAUUAAUCAUGCUUUUUUUGUGGUUGACUAUGGCAAUGUAAUAAAAAAAUAUGCAAAUUGUAUGUACUUUUGCCUAAAACGGCUAAAUGAACUAAAAUGCAAAUAAAAGGCAUUCUGAAGACCCAUUCAAAGAUAUUGUGAUGAUCUGUACAGUAGUAUUCUACACUGGUUAUUAGGUGUCAGCAAUGUAACUUAGGGUCAAUGAGACAGGAGCACCAGACUUGAUUACCAGAACAACAGGCUUUUAUUGCAGGUUUGAAUUAUCUCACCGAAGGCACAAUAAUCCGUAAUAAAAUACAGGCUGCUGUUGCAGCCGUAACUCAUGCAAAGCUAAAACUCAACUCUGAAAUGCCGACAACACUUCUUGUCCACCCCCCCACUGAGUUCCCCUAACACCGGAACACAUUUACACCAACACACACGAGCAGGACUCUUAUUUAUGUUUUAUGUCAAAUACAAGGGGUGUUAUUUCAUGUCUAGUGAGCUCUAAUGUUUCAAGAAAUGUAUUUAGAAUGUUGUAAUCAGAUUUUUUUGUGUUCUGUUCCAUGUUCUUAGACAAUCCUGAAACUUUUGUUGCUCUUUCAUUUCUGUAGUAUUGUCCUUCCAUACUGUCAUAAAACUGAAAUAUGAGGGCUGUACUCACUUUUGUGAGAUACUGUACUGUGAAAAUAUGAAUAUUUUAAGCUUGACAUUGUGUAGUCUUUAAUUCUACUGAAGUCUUUUAAAAAAUAAAGUGUACAUAUGUGUAUUAUUCCCUAGUAACUGAUUUGAUUGGUUCUCAUCAUUCAAAUUUAUACUAC